GUUUUCUCUGUUGUUCCAGAUGCGGUCAGAGAGGAUAACAUGAUCGUCCCGUACCUGAAAAGCCUGAUGCGGCGCCGUUGUCGAGUGCGACUCCGCAAAUGGAUUGUGCCUUUCGUCGUCAUCUUCUUUCUCAUUGUCUGGAUCACACGCCUCAACUCCUUUGACAUUGAGGACGACGACGCUGACACAAACUUAGGAAUCUGGGGCUAUAAAGCCCCGUCAGUAAGAAAUGAUGACGAUGACAGUCGCAGCAGCAGUAGCAGCGUGCUGCAUUGGCUGUCGGGUCGUGAAUUCAUUGGUAAACAGCUACUCGCUCACGACUCGAAGAAGAUGGCACAGAUCAAGAACUUCCUGCCAGUUUUGUACCCGUCCGAUUGGGGCCAAGCGCCCGAGGCCGACGAGGUCGUCCUUCAGACGCAGAGGCUUCUGUACGACCUCGGCUACUUUUCAAAGCUCAGCUGCAAGGAGCUGGACGCAGCGCACGUGUUCUCGUCGCUGUCGAUCAGCGAGCGGAAGCACGUCGACGUCGGUUUGAUCAAGAAGCGAGAGGUCGUGCUGAAGUCACAGGGUCGUGACCUCAACAUAAAGGUCAGCUGCAUGCAGAGUGUCUACGAUGCGACCAAGUGCACGUUCAUGGGGAACUAUCUCCUGCUGCGCGAGGUACUUUUCUACAUUGCCCUUGAGAACCCACUCAUUGUCCGGCAGCUUGGAUUCUGCCUACGCGGGGACCGCAUUGCCGAGCCCCUGCGCCACAAAGGAGUCAUACUUGCCAUUGAACAGGGUCACCCACUUGUACUCAACGACAUCAAACAUUACAGCUGGUUGCUACGGUUACAGGUCAUCUACCAAAUCUCAUCAAUCAUCAACUACAUCAGUCAUUCUCCCCUGGGCAGUUUGCGGAUACAGAGGCUGAAGAGCGAAGACUUUGUGGUUGUUGGGGACCAGAUAAAGUUGUCCGACCUUGAUGACCUGGUCGUUGGAGAAUACCCUUGCACCAGCCUGGAGCAGUGUUAUGAGCACCUUAAAAACAAAGAGGUCCCUGGAAUCCAGUGUCUGAAGAAGAAAUGCGUUGGCCUCAACGAGAAGCUGAACCUGAAGAUGGUGUCUGACCACAUGCUGUUACCAUUGAUGGUCAACGUGCCUCCACAAUCCAAGAAGGCCAUCAGUGUCAUCAUUGGUCAACUACAGAGUCUGCAGAUCAGCACAGAAUAUUUGGUGGACGUCUUCACUAAAUUGCUGGCUAAAGCUG